AUGCGUCAGCUGCUGGGCCAACAAGCGUCAGAGGAGCGUCAACAGCCAUUGCUUCGCGAGUUGUUUUUGCAGAGACUGCCACAGUCAACACGGAUGAUACUCGCUGGCUCGGACGACGUGGCUCUCGAGCGUCUGGCUCAACUCGCCGACCGCAUCACCGACUGCACCGAGCCAUCAAAAAUGUCUGUUGCUGCAGCGGGAAUAUCCGAACAUGCAAGCCGGUUAGGUCGCUUAGAGGACAGAGUUGACCGACUGGCUGCAGCAGUGGAAAACCUCGCCCUGUCGAACAAACACCGUCCUGCACAGCAUCGUUCAUCGUCCCGUGCUCGAAGCCCGCAGCACCGCGGCCACUCAAGCGAGGCAGAGCAGAGCGUCUGCUGGUACCACCGCCGUUUCAGAGAGCGAGCCACUCGCUGCACCCAACCAUGCUCGUGGACGGGAAACGCACCGGCCAGACGCUAA